AGUAGGGUGCCCAGACAAGAUGGUGUCUACACUUGUAUCAGCGACGUGGCUCAGGCAACAGGUGGUUAAUGGACUGAAGAACAUCAGAAUACUGGACGCCUCGUGGACCAUGUCGGGAGAGGGGAGGGCGGCCUUCCUGGGUGAGAGAUUGGCAGAGCCCAGCACUUUGACAUUGACGAGGUGUCAGAGCAGAGUUCUCCCUAUCCUCACAUGAUCCCUUCCCCUCACCGCUUCCAGACCCUCGUGGCCAAGAUGGGAGUGGGUAAUGGAGAUCAUGUGGUGGUGUAUGAUGGACACAGUGAGGGACUGAUGGCCUCUGCUAGAGUCUGGUGGAUGUUCAGAUUGUUUGGUCACGAGAGAGUGUCGGUGCUGGAUGGGGAGUCUGAGGAGAUGGAAAUUUCACUGCAUCUUUCAACCCUCACUUGCUCAGGAAUUAUGAGCAGAUGUUGGAUAACCACACAUCUCGUCACGAACAGGUCACUUCUGUUGGACUGCGAUAAUCACAGCAAAUUCAUUUCCCUGCCCUCUGACUAAUAAACUGUAACCACAAAAGAGAACCC